GUCCUUCUAGACCGCGAAGAAGAGCUUGUGGUUGCUGGAGAUGGACGUUCUGACAGCCCGGGACACUCUGCAAAGUUUGGUGUAUACUCCAUGAUUGAUAUGCACACCGGGAGAGUAGUAGCCAUUGAACUUGUGCAGGUAAUUCCAGCGAUUCCUGCAACAUCAGACCGAGUGGAGUCAGAUUGACUUCACUAACGUGUCAGCACGCGUUUAGAACAAAAUGGCUUCGUACAAAGACAUCCUUAAGGAGAAAGAUAACCAGAACUGGCUUAAAGGAUCCCUCGCCCUCAGGAUCACCAAGGCCGGACUACGAGGCCUCGUUGAAGGGGAAUCGCAUCGCGUUCAGCAAAAUAUCCACUCUUCAGUCCUCCAUGCCAGGCACCUCGCUGCUGGAACAUCAUGCAGCCUUUGUCUGACAGAACAUGUCUUGCCUUGUCCAACAAGAGGACUCUGUUCACAUCCGCGCAACUGCAAGUACCACAACACUCCAUUUAAGAUACAUCGACUUUGCCCCUCACAGAUAUGCGAUGACUUUCGGGAUGGAAUAUGCGCUGUCCACAGAUAUAGUGGACCAUCCUGGAAGAAUACCAAAGCCAACCAAUGGUGUACGAACCAUUGGCAAGUAGCCAAAUGCUUUAUGCCACCUGACGGCUAUCACGAUGUGACGUCGUACGACGAGACAGACUUCAAUGGUAUCAUUAGCGUUAUGAUUAACUGUACGGAGUUCCAACGGCAUAUGUCGUUCCCAAUUGGUAACCAUUCCAACGCCUUAACUGAGGCACGUGAGAUAGGCCGCAAAAUUCGCCAUUCCCCGGAUCUCAAUGUGACAAACAAAGACCUAACUGAUUACUUCGCCACUCUAAACAGGCUUCUGACAGACUCUACAUUUCUGGCUAGUGACAAGGAUGCCCAGCAAGCUGUUCUUAAACUGAAACAGCUUAAACAAGACCCCCUUUCAAUAUCUACCGAAGACGAGAAGGAACUACUAGAAGAAGCUAGAGCGACGAUAGAAGCUGGCAAACGUCAGUUAGCGGAGUCUGCGGAAACUGGAAAGAAAGAUCUAGAAGGCGUUGUGUCGCAGGGUAAAACUGCCAUUGAAGAAAAAUUGUUGGAGUGUCAGACUGUCCUCGUAACUGGUAAGAGUCAAUUAGAAGAUGCAGUUACAGCUGCAAGCGUGGUCACGAAGAAGAGGAAACUCGAGAUUGAAAACACUGUUCAAGUCGUUAAACGGAAGUUGGAGGCCUUGCAGAAGAUAAAAGCUGUUUCUGUCCUGUCAGAGGCGGAACAAAGAGAAGAUCUACGUCAACGGCUAGUCAAGUACUACAGGAAGCAGCUCAACAGCGCACCAAUAUCACCCCUGCUGUCGGACAAGGAUGAGAGACUGGACAAGUUUUACGUCCCAUCGAAGAUCGAGAAGAAAGACCACAGAAGACUUGGACACGAUCAACAACACACUGGUUCGCCUAUUUCCUCUUACAAACAGAUCUUCAGUAAAGAUAAGGGAUUGGCCAAUACAGUUUUCGUUGUGGGCGAGGCAGGUAUGGGCAAGUCCUCAUUCUCCGCUAUGUGCACCAUAAAAUGGGCUGCACAGUUCUCUGUAUCGAUGAAAGACUCUGUAGAAAGGGGUUCAGAUCAAGAUAGAGAAGAGAAGACUUCCUUCAAACGGCCGCUAUUGAACAAAAAGGGUUUAGAUCAGAGAGGAUUGGCGAACUUGUUUCCAAGGUUUUACGAUCACGUGAUAGCAAAAUAUAAUGUUCAAAGAGAAUAUCAAGAAUUAUACCAUUCAUUGUCUGAUGAUGAUCGAUCGUAUGUAUGGUCUCAUAGGGAGGAAUUUUGUGAAUUAUUGUCACAGCCCAGGGAUGAUCUUCUUCAAGAUGAGGACACUCUUAGAGACAUCGAGUUUAUGUUUCACAUUAAACUAAGAGAUUGCGGUGAAACAUGUGAACUGUCCGACAUGAUUCGAGAUCAGCUGAUCAACAUUAUUUACAGCCCAGAGGAGAGGGCCGCUGGCUACGACACUAUGAUAGGUGUGUUGUCAAACCGAAAGUGCGUCGUCAUAGCAGAUGGGCUGGAUGAAUGGUCGCAUCCUACUGAAACAAAGUGUCCAUGUCCGAUAGAAGACCAAGUUAUCCCUCAUAUAUGGCAAACGUCAGAUACGACUGUGUUGAUAACAUCGAGACCCUGGCGAAUGUCCCAAAACCGCAUUAAAGACACCAAAAUAGGCAAAUACCUAGAAAUAAAGGGAGUAGCUAGCACACCGCUGUUAGUUCAGAAAACGCUGGUUUGCCUUAAUGAAAAGGUGGCAGAAGAGAAAAGCUGUUAUGAUUUUAUCCAAUUUGUUGCCAGAAGAAGACUGGCGCGUCUACUCUCUGUGCCUAUCAUUGUAUUGUUGCUAGUUUGUCUGUGGUUCGAGGGAGUACAUGAAUCAUUUUCUUUGUGUGACAUAUACGCAUGCAUGAUGGACAUGAUGUUUGGGAGAAAAUCGCUUCCUGUGCUUAGUGUUUCGCCCGAAUGCACACCGUUGCUACAAUGUUUCAAGCAAACUAAACAUGUACGAAACUACUACAAUAUCGUAUUGAAGCUGGCACAACUUGCAUUUGAGAAAUUGUAUUCGAGGGACCGAAAGUCAUCCCUGGUGUUUCGAAAUGUUGACUGUUUGACACAAGAGGAGCUCCUGUUUGUUCUGAAAUCGGGUCUCAUGCGAGAAACAAAGUCGCAAUCUUUAACAAGACAAUCAUCGAGUUUCUCAUUUAUACACACAACAGUGCAGGAGUUCCUUGCUGCAGUUCACAUCGCUCACCAUACCGAGCAGUUUCAAAGAGUACUUAAGCCAAAUUACUACGAAGCAGUUCAGAAGUAUUUAGCUUCAGGUAACCGAUUAAAGGACAUUUCAAUGCCUGAUGUAUCACAGGUUUUUAUCUACAUGUGCGGUCUAAACAGUGAUGUUGCACAAGAUAUGUCUGCUAUGAUGUCAACUGCUGUAAUGGAACAACGUGACGACGAAAAUAUGUACAUGUACAAUGAUUGGGUAAAUGCAGUACAAGAAGCACUUUGUUCUGGUUAUAGAGAGGCAAAAGCCAACAAUGUACCGAAUAUUCAACUGCAUCUUAUGUACAUUCGUAUUAAUUAUGCGAGUACAGAUUUGUCAACCUUAAAGACCUUGAUAUCGAUGAACAAGUCUCAGUUAAGUCGUAUAUAUAUCCAGCGACAUCAGGAAGAGAUCAGCGAGGAGGAGCUUCAGGAUGUGUUCAUCAGCUCAAAGGACACUCUCACCCGUGUGGAAAUGUUUUCCCGUGCUGGACAGUAUGACCUUUCUGCGUGCUCUCGUCUACAAUACUUUGAAAUACAAGGGUCUGAGAUAUCCAAUAUCACGAUUAAUACGAGUAGUUUAGUUGUGUUGAAUUUAUCUAUUGUUUCAGAAAAGGUUGAAAGAAGUAUUUUACAGACAUUAGAACAAAACUGUGAGCAAUUAAUGAAGUUCAAAAUUGGCCAUUUUAGUAACAUUAGCUUAUUGUGUAAGACACUUCUCCAGCUGAAUCAUUUAAAACAAUUAUAUAUCUGGAAUACAACCCUCGGUGAUCACCCGCUACUCCUCCCACCCUCUGUCACCGAUGUUACCCUGGACUGUGUGACAAUGUCCGCGCGGUGCUUGAGGGAGCUGGUGGAGAACUGCUCUCACACUGUGAAAUGCUGUAUCUACCAUUGCACUGUGGAACCGAUCAAAGAAUAUGAAAACAUUAAACGGAACACUCAAUCGAGUAAAAACAUUACGUUCGAGUUAUGCUGAAUUAUUUGUAUUUGGUAAUAAACAUGGAUUCUAAUGAAAGAGGAUAUUGUUUGUUCAAGUGAGAUAACAGUAUCAUGUCAUUGAGUGUCGCAUCCACUAGUGAUCAUGUGAUCUUUUAUUGUAUGCUUAAAAUUUUGUGCUAGUUGAUAUUUAAUGGCAAAUAUUCCUUGGAUGACUUCAAACCAUACCGGAAAUGACGUCAUUGACAAGCUUUGUGCGAGUUAACGUUGGGCUAAGCGAGCAGUGCGGUCAACGGAAUCCUUUGUUUCGUACUGUGUGACGCUGUUGAAAUGUAUAAUUUCAUAAAGAAUUACCUGAUAAGCAAAGUAUGAACUAUUUAACCUGAUGUUAAAAGUUUUCUGUGUUUAACACAAUGUAAAACCAAAGGCCGUUUAAAGGUUUUUUAUUCUCCCUACAUUUUAACUGCGCAUGAUGAGUGAUGCUUUUUUUAAAUUAAAUGCAUUAUCGUGUUUAACUCAUUUGACUUUAAUGAUCAAAACAAUUAAAAGUCUUUAUGAUUUAGAUACAGCGAAAAUAUAAGCAACAUAAAGGCGCUUUCGUAUCCUGGAAUGUGUGGCCACGUAGCCAUUAAUUAUUUGUAUUAAUGAUGGCUUUUAUUUUUAUAAUAUUGUGUGACGUUGUUUAAAUAUAUGUAUUAUUUCAAAAAGGUAUGAAAAAUUCAACCUGAAAAGCAGAGUUUUCUGUGCUUCACAUUAUGUAAAACCAAAGACCGUUAAAUUUAUUUUCUCCUUAGAUUUGAAAGGUGCACUAUAUAGGUUGAUGCAAUUGGUAUUUAAUUUUAAUGCAUAAUGGUGCUUAACUCAUUUAACUUUAAUGCACAAUGGUGCUUAACUCAUUUAACUUUAAUGCACAAUGGUGCUUAACUCAUUUGACUUUAAUGCACGAUGGUGCUUAACUCAUUUGACUUUAAUGCACGAUGGUGCUUAACUCAUUUGACUUUAAUGCAUGAUGGUGCUUAACUCAUUUGACUUUAAUGCAUGAUGGUGCUUAACUCAUUUGACUUUAAUGCAUGAUGGUGCUUAACUCAUUUGACUUUAAUGCAUGAUGGUGCUUAACUCAUUUGACUUUAAUGCAUGAUGGUGCUUAACUCAUUUGACUUUAAUGCAUGAUGGUGCUUAACUCAUUUGACUUUGAUGCAUGAUGGUGCUUAACUCAUUUGACUUUGAUGCAUGAUGGUGCUUAACUCAUUUAACUUUAAUGCAUGAUGGUGCUUAACUCAUUUGACUUUAAUGCACAAUGGUGCUUAACUCAUUUAACUUUAAUGCACAAUGGUGCUUAACUCAUUUGACUUUAAUGCACAAUGGUGCUUAACUCAUUUGACUUUAAUGCACAAUGGUGCUUAACUCAUUUGACUUUAAUGCACAAUGGUGCUUAACUCAUUUGACUUUAAUGCAUGAUGGUGCUUAACUCAUUUGACUUUAAUGCAUGAUGGUGCUUAACUCAUUUAACUUUAAUGCACAAUGGUGCUUAACUCAUUUAACUUUAAUGCACAAUGGUGCUUAACUCAUUUGACUUUAAUGCACAAUGGUGCUUAACUCAUUUGACUUUAAUGCACAAUGGUGCUUAACUCAUUUGACUUUAAUGCAUAAUGGUGCUUAACUCAUUUGACUUUAAUGCAUAAUGGUGCUUAACUCAUUUGACUUUAAUGCAUAAUGGUGCUUAACUCAUUUGACUUUAAUGUAUAAUGGUGCUUAACUCAUUUGACUUUAAUGUAUAAUGGUGCUUAACUCAUUUGACUUUAAUGCAUGCUGGUGCUUAACUCAUUUGACUUUAAUGCACAAUGGUGCUUAACUCAUUUGACUUUAAUGCACAAUGGUGCUUAACUCAUUUGACUUUAAUGCACAAUGGUGCUUAACUCAUUUGACUUUAAUGCACAAUGGUGCUUACCUCAUUUGACUUUAAGGCAUAAUGGCGCUUAACUCAUUUGACUUUAAGGCAUAAUGGCGCUUAACUCAUUUGACUUUAAUGCAUAAUGGUGCUUAACUCAUUUGACUUUAAUGCAUAAUGGUGCUUAACUCAUUUGACUUUAAUGCAUAAUGGUGCUUAACUCAUUUACCUUUAAUGCAUAAUGGUGCUUAACUCAUUUAACUCAUUUAACUUUAAUGCAUAAUGGUGCUUAACUCAUUUGACUUUAAUGCAUAAUGGUGCUUAACUUAUUUGACAGUGAUCAAAACAAUAAAAACCUUUAUGAUAUAGAUACAGAUAAAAAAAAUAUUAGCGACAUUCAGAAAGCGCUUACGUAACUGGGGAGUAUGUGGCCACGUAGCCAUCAAUUAAUGUUUUGGUUAGCCUAUUAUUGUAUUGAGGGAGAGGGGAUUAAAUGUUAAAAGGGUUGAAAGAAGUCAUUCUUGAUUUACAUACAGUUCGAUUAGUUUACAUUACGAAAACAUACUUGGACGAGGACUUUAAACACAUUAGAUAUGUGUGGUUAAAUUUAGAUAAAUAAAUGAACGUUGCUAUUAUUUUGAUGGUAAAACAGUUAUAUAUGUUUUAUAAUGAAUUGAAAGUAUUUAAAAUUUACUUAGGUUGCUUCUGUUAUAGGGGCCCUGUUGUACUUCUAACAUUCCUAUAGAUACAGUACAGUUUGUUUAUACAGACAAUUGCAUUCUUGCUGAUUGUUGAGUAUCAUGUGGAAUUCAUUUUAAAUAUCGUACAUGCUCAUUUUUUUAUUAAAAAAUACCAAUGAACUUGUUAUGAUUACUUUGAAUGUCACAUAUACGCUCAUGGUCUGGUGUUCAAAAACAUCUUAAUUGAUCAUAUGAUAUAAUGACUUACUUUAUUUUCAUUAGCUUUUCACACACACUUUUAUGUUAAAGGAACAUGUAUUGUUU